CUUUUUUCUAUAGAGUCUAGAUACAAAAGAUAUAACUACACACAUAAGUAUAAAACAAUAACAUUUUAAUUUAUUGAAGUUCGUAUCGCAAGUAAUGAGUGCGAUGUGUUGUUUCAAUUACAAACUUCAGCACUUCUGACAAUAAUCCUUAAUCCGACGAAACGAAUUCGGAAUGGAUUCCUCGUCACAUACUACAACAAUAGUUAGAGUGUACAAAUAUCGAUGGAUAACUCUUUUAAUAUUUUGCUUCUAUUCUUCAAUAAACUUCGUGCAGUUUCUUCAAUAUUCGAUCAUUUCGAACAUCACAGUCAAGUACUACAAUGUGGAAGAAAUACUUGUGGACCUCACUGGUCUAUUCUUCAUGAUUUCCUUUAUAAUAUUUUGCCUUCCGGUCAACCACCUUAUCGAAAAAUACAAUUUACGAAUCACAGCUCUUAUAACUAGCGGCCUAACAACGUUCGGAAACUUAAUAAAAUUGCUCUCAGUAUCUCCGAACCGCUUUUAUGUCGCUUUAAUCGGCCAAGCUCUCUGUUCGAUUGCCCAAGUUUUUGCGAUGAGUAUCCCGUCGAAAUUAGCAUCGACUUGGUUUGGACCUGAUGAAGUGUCCACAGCUUGCGCCAUCGCAAUUUUGGGGACGCAAAUCGGGGUUGCGAUCGGUUGUAUUAUGCCCACACAUUUGGUGAGGAACAGCCAGAAUCUUGACGAAAUCGGAGAUGAUUUUAUGACGCUGCAUAUAAUCAACGGCUCUAUCACCGUGGCCACUUUUAUCGUAGUUUUGCUGUUUUUUAGGGCUAGACCGCCACAGCCCCCAAGCCAGUCUCAAGUGGGUAUUAUUGAAGCUGAGAAACCUUCGACUAUGUCGAUUAUCAAGCAAAUGGUCAGGAAUCGAGAUUAUGUGUUGUUGGUCAUUGCGAUAGGGAGCUCGAAUGGGCUGUACUCGUCGUUUGGGAUUUUGUUCAACGGACUCUACCUCAAUUAUUUUCCUGGUUACGAGUCCGAAGCUGGGAUAAUUUCAGCUUUGGCCGUAGUUGCUGGUGGGUGUAUCGGCAGUGUAAUUUUUGGAUACGUUUUAGACAAGUGGCACCACUUCAAACUCACCACCUUUUCCAUUAUUAUUUCUUCUGCAGUCACGUACAUUUUUGUAAUGGUCUCAAUGGAAGAGAAGGCACAGUUGGCCACAUAUUUCACCAUUCCGCUAUUUGGAUUUUUCAUUGCGAGUACAUUACUCGUCGGUUUUGAGUUUGCAACCGAACUCAUGUAUCCGGUUCCUGAAGCUGCGUCUUGUGCCAUUUUAAACACCUUUAUUUAUAUUUUUUCAGUGGCGUAUACGCUAAUUUUUGGUGCUUUGUUCGACUCGAUUGGAUAUGUCCCCACAAAUAUUAUUAUAGUGGUAGUGUUAACACUUAGUUCGUUUAUUGUUUAUUUCAUUAGGCCAAAUUUGCGACGCAGAGAAGCAAAUUUGAAUAAAUAAAUUAUUUAAAAAGUACAA